CGCAAACCCUAUAUGGACUUUCUUGUGUAAUUUAUAUUAUAGUUAUAUAUAAAUAUGUACAUGUUUCUAUAGAUGCUAUAGAGUGAACGAUAGCACAAAUCCUUCAGUAGCUGUGAAAGACAUCUACACAUACAAAUCUGCCAAAAUGAUGAAAUCUGGAUUUAUGUCACGAAUCUUCUUCCAGGAGUUGACCGCUGGUGUGAUUGUAGGCGGUGUACUCGGUGGUGCUUACUUAAAGUUCGGCCUCUUCAAAAGUCAAGAACAGUAUCGUCAAUACUACCUGGCGAACCCCGUCAAAGACACUGAGUAGAGCUCUGCUGUGGUCGUCGCCUGCUGUUCUUCUCGAUGUGUUCUGAGUUGUGCACGCAAUCACAAUGUCUAGCAAUAUUGGCGACGGAGUCAAUCCACGUGUUCGACCAAGCGGAUGCUAUAAAUUGGUAGUGACGCAACGGACAGGCAUACUGAAUAAAUUUGAGGUACCGUGAUUUUAUCGCUGUAGCACUGAGUUCAA